UCAAAAGAUAGUUAGAAGUGUGUCUCCAACGCGUUACUUAGGGCACAACAAAUAACAGACCCUGUAUGUGCCAGCCCACCUAAAACGUCUAUGACCGGCAUUGUUCGCAAUACACUAAUACAUCGGCAAAGUUAUGCGCCGAACAAUCAGCUAGCUUGGCUAGCUAGUAUUAACCUGCUGCGGCUAACCGUAGCUGCUAACUGGUUGGCAGUUGCCGUUAUUCUACUUGGCUCCUAACCAUGCUGCUCCUAUUUGUACGCGGCAGUAGAAAUGUAAACCUCGGCGAACCAUGAGGUGCCCACAUUCUGCUGCAGAAGAGAGAGCACCAGGAUGAGGAAAUUGUAGGCACUCGCCGUAGUAUGGCCGCGUCCCGUUCCUCGCGCGUCACAAGGUCAUCAGUGGGACUCAAUGGAUUGGAUGAGAACUUUUGUGGUCGAACCCUCAGGAACCGUAGCAUCGCCCAGCCAGAGGAGACACCAGUGUCUCCACUACCUAGAGCCCGGUCGCCCAAGAAGAAGCAGGAGUCGAAACAGGACACCAAGCAGGAAACGAAACAGGAGUCGAAACAGGACGCCAAGCAGGAGUCAAAACAAGAUGUUAAGCAGGAGUCAAGGCAGGCUGCUAAACACGAUACUAAGGAGGACACUCAGCACGAUGGCCAACAGGCCUUGUUGCAGGGUAAGGAAACUGACUCGAAAGCUUCCCCAGCUGAGGUGGAGCAGUGGACCAGCUCCAGGAAGCGGGGUGUGUCCUGUGUAGAAAAAGACAUAACUGCUGAGAAGCCCGAGAAUUGUGAUAGAGGGAAAGGGGUGCGGGAUGCCUCUCCUCAAAUCAAAAGGGCCAAACGGUGCCCCCGCUCUGUAGAGUCUCAGGGACACGAGGAGCAUGUGGAGCCUCUGAAACCUGAAAGUCCAGCCUCUGUCCCAGAGUCUAACAAGGACAACACGUGUGAAGAAUUUCCCUGCCAAAACUCUGUUAACACAGCUCCUGCCUCACCUGUCCUCUGUAAAGAGGAAGGUGAGCUAAUGGUUGUGCAGGCAGAGGAUGGUCAUGUGGAGUGUGAUGGGGUGUUACAGCCCCUGAAUGCUUAUAAAGCGUCUAAUGGACUCAAAGAGAAUAAGACCGAGGAACCCAGCACACUCACUGAGGAACCCAGUGCAAAUCCCACCUCUGCCACUAACUGCCUGUCGCUGCUCAAUGGUAGCCAGGUGGGGGCUCCCUCAUCCCCUGACCCUGCUGUGCCUUGUACAAACUCUGACCCUGUGCAGAUUGAGGUCUCUGGCUCAGGGGAAUCGCCAGCCUUUUCUGCACCAGCAGCCCAUGGGGCUGGUCCAGAGGAUCCUGUCCCUGAGCUCAUUGUGGCCAAGGAACAGGAGGUGGAGGAGGUGGUCGAGGAGGUUGACGUGGUGGGCGAGACCUUGUGUCUCGCCCACGAGGAGCAGGUGACGGAGAGCGACUCCAAUGGCCAGCCACUAACACCAGUGCAAGAAGCUGCUGCCUCCACCUCACCUAACAUGAACAGUAGUCCAAUCAACAAUGGCAACUCAGGAGAAACAACACCCCCACUAGCAAGAACCCCCUCCCCAACAGAGCCAGUGUGCAAUCCCUCCUCCAGCAUUCCCCCAUGUUUCACAGAGCUCUAUGAACACAGAUAUACUCUACGGACUUCACCCAGGAGGGCUGCUACUGGUGGCAAAGGCACCUCCUCCAAGCUCAGCUCUCCUCCUAGAGACAAUGGUCCCUUGAGGGAAGAGGGGGAGGUGGAGGUUGGGCUGGAGGAGGACUGCCCUGUGCUGGAAGAACCUGCUCCCUUAGACUCUGUUGGCCCCUCUUCCAUGGAUCUUGAAGAUGUGGCAGGUGGUGAGGCUUGUGGGUCUGUGGAUGAUGGAGAGGCAGAGAGCAAAAAGGAGUGCACACACAGCCAGCCUGCAGAAGAGGAGGAGGAAGAGGAGGAGCCAGACGUGUAUUAUUUUGAGUCUGACCACCUGGCUCUUAAACACAACAAAGAUUAUCAGAGGCUGCUGCAGACCAUCGGAGUUCUCGAGGCCCAGCGCACGCAGGCCAUCCUGGACCUGGAGACUCUGGGAUGUCACCAGAGAGAGGCACUCACUGAUCCAAUUAGCUUUGUGGAGCAGCUGCAGAAACAGGUGACUUUGGGCUUGCCAUGUCCUCAGCGAGUCGUUCAGCUCCCUGAAAUAGCGUGGGAACAGUACACCUCAGGACUCAGUGACUUUGAGAGAGAGUUCUGUGACAAGAAGCGCAAAACCAGGCGGCUAAAGCUGAUCUUUGACAAAGGUUUGCCGCUUAGACCAAAAAGUCCCGUGGAGCCUAAGAAGGAGGGUGAGUGCUCCACCAUGUACUCGUCCCUGCCCACGAGUGAUGCCCCAGAGAACGGAGGACAAAUGCAGAUAAUCAGGGGGAGGAUCUGUCACCCAAACAAGCCUGACACAUUUAACCAGCUGUGGUCUGUGGAGGAACAGAAAAAACUGGAGCAGCUUCUUGUCAAGUUUCCCCCUGAGGAAAUUGAGUCCAGAAGAUGGCAGAAGAUUGCAGAUGAGCUGGGCAAUCGAACAGCAAAACAGGUUGCUAGUAGGGUUCAAAAGUACUUCAUCAAACUGACAAAAGCUGGUAUCCCCGUGCCUGGAAGAACACCCAACCUGUGCAUGUACACUAAAAAGGCAUCCAGUAAAAGACAGCAUCACCUUAACAAGCACCUGUACCGGCCAUCCACCUUCCUGACCUCCUAUGAUCCUCCGGUCUACAUGGAUGAAGAAGACGAGCGCUCGGCGUAUUACGGCGACGGACAGGACCCCGCUGCUGAUGACUCGGAUGAAGAGAGUGUGCCUGUGGAGCUGAGAAAUUUGCCAGAAUACAAAGAGCUCUUGGAGCUGAAGCGAUUGAAAAAGCAGAAGCUCCAGGAGAUGCAGGAGGAGAAGACUUGCGUACGGCAUGUAGGCUUCAAGUGUGACGUCUGUGGCAUUGAGCCAAUCCAGGGAGUGCGAUGGCACUGUCAGGACUGUCCGCAGGACAACUCUGUCGAUUUAUGCUCCAACUGCUCCGACUGUUUGUUGAAGACGGACACCCACAAGCCCAACCACCACCUGGAGCCUGUGUACCAGUCAGAAACCUUUCUGGACAGAGAUUACCGCCUGCCUCAGAGCACAGGCUACAACUACCUGGACCCUAACUACUUCCCAGCCAACAGAUGACAGGGUCGCAGGCGCUUCAGGCUCCCACAGGUCACUCUGUGCAUGGCUCCAUCCUCCAAGUCCAAGAUAACCGCUUAAUCCGCCGCAGGGCAGGAAGGCCAGCAGGCAGGCAAACAGCCGGGGGCCUCAGAGCAGAGCACACUGCUGCAGAUAAAGCGAGGGGGCUGUUGGUAAACUGGCCUCCCUGACUCAAGCAAAGAGCGGCCAUGUUGGUUUCCUUAGAAUAAGGGGGCCAUGCUCCACUUCAGCCAGGUUAAUCAAUGGAUCUGUGAUUUGAAAAAAAACAACAACACUAUUUUUAAAAACAAACAAAUGAAGACACACCGACAUUCCCGAGCUCUGUGACUCCAGGAGGGCUGUCCUUUCCCCUCCUCCCAUCACCACCCUCCAUUUUACCUCCAUGUGCUGCUUCAAAACUUGAGAAUGGACGAUCAGUCGGGUGAAUGAGACGUGCAGUCGUCCAACGUGUCAGUGGACUGUGACGUCAUCACCCCGAGAUACACACAGAUGGUUUAUGUGUGUGUGCGUGUGUGUGGUCUCUGUGUUUAUGCAAGAGUGAAAAAUGUUUUAGGUAGGCAUCUGUAGAUUGAGUAUUUAUGAGCUGCAGCCUCCUGUGCGGGAGUCGUGGCUGCGGCGAGACGAGUUGGGCGAACGCCGACAUCUGUAGGAAGUUCUGCUGAUCCACACGGUGUUCUGCAGACAGACCUGUAUGUGUUAACUGACUGUGCGCCAUUUUUUUUAACAUGGGGUCGUCAUUACCGUCACUACCACUGACACACAACGUUCCCCCCUCCCCCCCUCAACCACAAACACACACAGAUACACACUUUCAUCUCUUUCCUUUCUCUAUCCACUAAAUCAUGUCUAACAAGGAAGCACUACAGCAUGGAGAGCAAAUGUAAUGAAGGCAGACGAAUGGGAAUGAAUGGAAAGAUACACAACUGUGUUUUUGUUUUUCUUUUCUCUUCUUUUCCGCUCCCCCAGUGUAUGCUGUUGUUCUGUUGAGUGUCCAAGUAUAUGGUGAAAAGUAGCCAGUGCUAGUUGCAGUGUGCCAUUUUUUAAAAGAUUAUUUUUGGUGGAGGAAGGUUCCACAACUUCUUCCCUCUCACGUGGCACCGUCGACCCACAUGAUCCUACAUUAGUGAUCCGGUUAUCAUGCCUCUAGAUCUUUAAUUUUGCAGUCCACUUUAAAAGGUCCAUUUAAAAGAUUGUAUUUUUAUUAAUCUAUUUAAAAAAAGAAAAGAAAGAAGAAUUGAGGUAGUGGUUGGUGCCUCCACAGUGGAACAACCCACACAAUUUUAUACACAUAGAUUUUGUUGUGCUUGAGUAGACACCAUUUUGUAUGGUUUUCGUCUCCUUCCCUUUCCCCCUUUGCCCAGCUUCAGUAUCUGUGUAUAACAGUCUGUUCUUAUGUAAAAAAAUAAUGUAAAAAAUGCUAGAGGAGAAACGUGGAAAUAAAAGUAUGUGAAAAUA